AUGGGCGAAGAAUUAUCAGGUUUGACAGUCAAAGAACUACAGAGUUUGGAGAACCAAUUGGAAAUCAGUCUUCGCGGUGUUCGUAUGAAAAAGGAGCAACUUUUUAUGGGUGAAAUACAAGAACUAAAUCGAAAGGGAGACAUCAUACACCAAGAAAAUGCAGAACUGUAUAAGAAGGUCUAUGGAACAAAAGAUAAGAAUGGAACAAACAGAAUUUCUGUUCCCACAGACAGUCUAGGCAUAGGAGACGAUUCACAUGUGCCUGUGAACCUCCAGCUCAGCCAGCCACAGCAACUACACUACAAAGCACCUUCAGGAACUACAAAACUGGGGUAUGGUUUUGAUCAUUUAGCUAGUAAACUGUUAAUCAUGAAAAGAAAACUAUUGACAUCAGAAUAUUUUGAUUGCUUCAGCAGACUACAAUUGCAUUGA